GAUCACCACAAUGUUCCAAUGUUGUCUGCAGAAGAUAGUGUUGUAGAUGCCAACCCAAUUAGCUAUUUUCUUCCUCCUCAGUUGUCAUCAACACUAACAUCAACUCCUCUUUCUAGUACUAGUACUGAUGAUUUUUCUUUAAUGUACCCCAUGGCCAUUCUAGAUGACGACGACGACGACACUGCUUUGUUUUCAGAAAUUUCAACCCUGUCUCUGUUUCCAGAAACUUCUGAAAACCCUUCAGAGCCCACUUUUUCUCUAUUUCCAGAAGUUUCCACUGUCCUGUGUCUUUCUUUGCCGGGCACACCUUCGACUAUAAUUAGUCAAGAUUCUUCUGCUUCAUCAAACAAUGCAUCAGGUAAUUGUGCUCCCAAAAGGUUGCACAAUUUGUCUCUGUUUCCAGAACUUCUUGAAAACUUAGGUGCUUCGAAACCAAUUGCAAACAAUAAUCCUCCUCCUCCUCAUCCGCCAUCAUCAACAUCAUCGUCACCGUCCACUGCUCUCUGUCUUUCUCCACCAUCCACACCCGAUACCUCUUCGACUAUAAUGACUCUCCAAUGUUCCAUUGGUAGUCAAGAUUCUUCAUCUUCCGGUAAUUGUGGUACAAAAAGGUCGUUGUUCCAAGAAUCAACGAACGACCCCAAACGGCAAUGUCUAAUGGUGGGGGAAGAAGGGCAUUGGAUAACUAAGAAGUUGACUAAGAGCGAUGUGAAUGGAGCUUCAAGGCUAUUGUUACGUAGACAAGAAGUGAAGAGUUAUAUUUUGCCUUUCUUGAAUGAGGAACAACAAGCUAUAGUUUGUCAAGGUAAAUGUGGGAUUGAUGUAACUGUAUUUGAUUUGGAUACACAAACUGAACAUAUUUUGACCCUCAAGAAAUGGGCAACUAAUAACUUUCAACUCGUUAAAGCCUGGACGACUGAGUUUGUGAAAAGAAGGAAUCUGAAACAGGAUGAUGUGAUUGCCAUUCGUUGGGAGAAAAACAAUUCAAGAUUUUGCUUUCGAGUUGAGAAGAGACAUCAAGAAACUGGUGUAUGAUCUUCUUGGUGUCUAAAUUGUCAUGUUAAUUUUUGUUUUAUUAAAUGGUUUAUUCUUUUGUAAGUAUUGAGACAAAGCCUUUUAAUGUUGCUUCAUUUAUAUAAUCAUUCUUUUUUGCUUCCAGUAUUCUGUUUUGAUCUUUAGUUUAGCUUAAAAGAAGAAAAAAUUGAGUUCACUGCAGGCUGUUUGGCCAAAAAUUCCUUAAUGUGAAAAAUGCUUUUGUGUCAAGAUCGCCAUGUUUGGCUAAUCA